AUGAAAGAUGCCGCAUACAGCCCAGUUGACGACGGCAGUGACUGCCAUGGGAGCAGCAGUCUCGACAAAGACGAAGCCAGACAAGUACUUCUUAGCAAGCCAUUUGAGGACCAUGUCAUCCAUUCGAGUCUACCCAUGAGCCGAAAAUACCUAAUCUUCGGAUUUGUUUGUGUCAUCCUGCUCCUGUUGAAUACUGUGAUGCUCGUUUUCAACAUCUGGACAGUCGCACCCCAUUCCCGCCGAGAAGGCUUCAUUGAAAAACCUAGAGACUACUGGUUGCCGGGUUUCGAAAGUGGAAUCGUCUACGAGAACCGACAAUUCUAUAGCGCCCAUUCCGAUUAUGCGGGUGUGGGACCGGAGGUAGAUGCCAAAUGGUACAACUUGACAAGAGGUGCAAUGGGCAUCAGUCGCCAGCAGCUGACAGCAUUGAAUAAUCAUCCUGAUCUUGCAGUACGAAUCGAAAAUGCUGGCCCUGAGCAAGAGUAUAUGGCGACCUUUGACGUUCUUCACCAAUUACACUGUGUUGUGAGUACCGCGACUAUGUGCAGGUUGAACGGUUCAGCUGACUGUGUUACUUCCUGUUCUCAGGAUCUCCUGCGAAAAGGAAUACACAUGGACUACUACAAAGACAGAGAUGAGCAUUUCGUGAAUCAAACAGAAGAGCGUAUAUUUUUUCACUUAGACCAUUGUGUUGAUAUUCUUCGUCAGACCCUGAUGUGCCACGAUGACCUCUCCUUAGUGACAUAUAAUUGGGUCAAAGGCCUGGACGUGCCGUACCCAAACUUCAACACAUACCAUACCUGCAAGAAUUGGGACACGUUUCUUGCGUUGAACCAGAAGCUCGAUGUUAGUGCUAGGUGGGAAGACGGUAAGGUUGUCGAAGUAUACCCGAUUCCCCGAAAACCAGAACAUGUCGAUGGGAUGUGGCCACCUCCCUGA